UGACACAAGGUAAAAGUCAAUUGAUAGUUGACAGUUAAGUAAGAUUUAUCGAACACAUUUUCAUUACUAUUCAUUUUAUUUUAUCAAACUUUUCUUCAUUCUAUUUUUAUACCAACUAAAAUUUACACCAAUAUAACUGAAGUACAAAAUUUUACAAAAACUCGAAGAAAUUUUGAUUAAAUUUUUUUUUGUUUUUCAAUUUAACGUCCAAAUAUUUGGUCUGUAAUCUUAAUUACUUUCUGUUAUUGUAUAUUUUCGAAAAAUUAUGUAGCUAAAUUUUUUUGUCUUCAUUUUUUUCGUUCAAUUUCUGAUAACAUUCUAUUGACAGCCUUCAAAUAAUUAACUUCUGCAAUAAAUUUCUUACUCAAUCGUUUGUCUACACAAUUAAGCUUUGUUUUUUCUCUCUCUUUCUCUCUUCUUUCUAUUUCUUUUUCUUUGUACGUGUAAGUACAACACAUAAUAAAAUAUUUUUUUUAUCGUAGUCACUUCCAGUUGUAGUCUGAAUACCGCGAAGGAAUUAACUUCUUAUAUUUGAAUGGUAGAAACCGAGAGUGGCCAGUAAAUUACAAUUAUAAUUAUUAUAGAUUAAAAUUUUCACAGUGACAAGUGCUACUCAUCAAACGAAUGGAAAUGAAAUAAAUUACAGUGUUCAUAAUAAUUAUAAAAAGAAACAAAUAUAAAAUAUUUAAAAUCGUCAUCUCGGCUAUAUUAUUUUUGUUUUCCAAUAAUUUUUUCCAUUACUAUAAAUUGGAUCUAAAAUAUGGGCAGUGACAAUAAAAUUUAUUAAGUGUUUGCGGUUAAUCUUCACUAGUAAUAUCAUAAGAAUGUAACAUAAUAUUUAUAAGGUUUAAUAUUACAGUAAAUUAAAUUGAUAACUAAAAUGAAGUUUAAAAAGAGGUGCUUUUGUAAAUGAUUGCAAGCUCAAACAUUGUGAUUGAAGGAAGGUCAAGUUAAAGGUAACAAACAAGAUUAAUUCAAUGCAGUUGAAAUUGAAAAAACUUAAAAAAAUAAAUCACGUCAUAAUGCCACGUGAUAUGGGAGGAGAGUUAAGUUAUCGAAUGAAAUGCUACUGUAUAGAAAAUGAAAAAAUUUUUGGUGAUCUUAUAAUAACCCAUCAAAAUAUGGGACAUUUUUGUAUAAAUGAACUUAGUCAAGUUUUACCAGAAUGUCCUAAAAAAAUUCCUAAUUUGGCUCAAGAAACUCUUGAGACUCCAGACUUCAUGCUGCUUAACAGAAAUAUAUCAUUAAAAGAAAAACAUAAACAAAAGUUGGCUUCUUUUUAUUCAUCAGUCCAGAAUAAAUCCAACAUUUGUACUGUUAAUUAUAAUGGAAAUGCUUGUUCUACGUUAGAAAGAAGAAAGAGCUAUCCAUUGCCAAGUGUCAAAGAAUCAAACGAAGAAAUUCUAGUUUCAUCUUUGGUAGAUCAGUUAUUGCUAGACAUCUACAGAUACCCGAGGCAUGAUUGCCACGGACGUUCAGAUAGUGAUUCGACUGUUUCAUCUUCUCGACCAAGUCCCCAUCAUCAUUAUCUUCAAAAAGCUCGUCUUGAAUUGAAAAGUCAAGAAGAACUGAACGUAGUGUUGGAAACUUUGCGCGUUCAUAUUAAUCAUGCUGGAGGUUUGCUUAUUCGUCAGUUACGAAGGAGAGAUUAUCUACGGACCAAACGUGACAGACAAUACGACGUAAUCACUGCUCAUCUUCAAGCUUAUAGCAAUAAAAGAAGUGAGGAUAUGAGAAUGCGCUUCAGUUUGAUGCCUCAACCAGGCGAAAGCGGAUUCAGACAAUGGCUCGAUGCUAUGAGAAUGGUUGCACGACUUCCUGAAGGAAUUCCUGAAGAGUUUCGUAAAAGACUGUGGCUUACACUAGCUGAGCGUCAUUUAGAGCAACGUGGAGUAGACUGGAAACAGGCAGAGAAACUCUGUUUCAAUGAAUGGACAAAUCCAGAUGACGAAGAGCUCGGUAUACAAAUCGUCAAGGAUUUGCAUAGAACAGGAUGCAGUUUAUUCUGUGGUGCAGCUGGCCGAGAUAAUCAAGCAGUGCUGCGUCGUGUAUUAUUGGGUUAUGCACGAUGGAAUAAAGCUGUUGGCUAUUGUCAAGGUUUAAAUGUACUUGCUGCUCUUGUUCUUCAAGUAAUUGAUAGAAAUGAAGCAGCUGCAGUGAAAGUGAUGAUUUAUCUCAUCGAAGGAGUCCUACCAGAAGGAUAUUAUGCUGAUAACCUCCGGGGAUUAUCUAUUGAUAUGGCUGUUUUUCGAGAUCUUUUGAAACAGAGGCUGCCUAAGUUAUCAAAACAUUUAGAAUCUCUUCAAUCUGACAUAAAAGACAAAGCUACAGGAAGCAGUUAUGAACCUCCUUUAACAAAUGUCUUCACCAUGCAGUGGUUUCUUACACUUUUUUGUCACUGCUUACCUCAAGAUGCAGUUUUGAGAGUUUGGGAUCUUAUUUUUCUUGAAGGCGAUGAAGUUUUGUUGAAAGUUUCUCUGGCAAUUUGGGAAGGGAUUGCCGAUCGAAUCAUGACCGUCACUUCUGCUGAUGAGUUUUAUAGUAUCAUGGGUGUUUUGAUGAAAGAGAUGCUCGAGUUUACUGACACAAAUAAUUUGAUACAGACGAUUGUAAAUAUGGGUAAUUUACAAGGUAUUACGAACUUAAGAGAAAAACAUAGAUAUAAUAUAACUCCUUGGACCAGAAAAUUAAGUGAUGAUGAAGAUACUGAUACUGAAGAUGAUGAAAAGAUGGCUGUUGCUACGGCAGUGUUAGGUGUUCCGCAGCGGUUUAAGAAAGGUUUUCACAAUUAUCGUCGAUCAGCAUCAAAUACUUUACAGAUGCUUAAUCCCAAUGAAGGAGAAAAAAUAGCUUUAGACAUUGGUUCUUUAAAAAAACAAUAUGCCAAGAUAAGAGAGCGUCAACGACAAGCUCAUAUAAUUCUUUCUGCUGCGUGUGCGAGGCAGACAAUGGUCUCAACUUCCUCAUCUCAAGCGAUGAACCACCUCUUAGUUGGAAAAAGUGCUUUAGUCAGCUCCAAAACUAGACAGCUACGGCCUCCUCCGGGUUCAAUACCCCAAAAAAUACGGAUCAAUUCGCUUCAUGGUUCUAAAAAUCAGGCUCGUCGAGAAAAACAAGGUAUCACGAUUCACUGGAAAGACAUGAAGGAUUUGAAAAAAUUAAAGGAUCCGAAAAAUGAACCAGCUGUGACAGAUGAGGGAGAGUCAGAGUCGUUUCAAUCCUCUGAAAAUUUACCAACCAGCACAAAAUCAUCAAGGAGAGAAAGUAUUGACAGUGACAGUGAUAGCACUUCUACAGAGCUUUGUGAUGAAAUUGAACAUCUUAGUGAUAGUGAAGAACCUACUUCUACAUCUGAUUACUACGUUAUGGCUUCUGAUGAUGACAAGAGUCCCCAACCUGGAUCAUCUCCCAUCCCUGGAAAAAUUUUAAUUCAUUCAGUACAAAAUUCUAAAGAUUGCCCUCAACAUUCUACACAGACGGCGGAUGAAAUGAGUGAAGAAAAUUUAGAUGAAAUUUCGAUAGCUAAAAUUACUGAUCAGAUAAGAAGACUUUCUGCUGAUGAUAAUAGCCUUGAAAUUUCUCAUGUGUCACUCGAUGAAAAGAGUGAACUUGAGAAUGAGGAUGGGAAAGAUCUAAUAGAUGAAUCUUUUCAACAAGCUGCUGAAAAGAGCAUUGUGAAACCAAUGUCUGACGAUUUUUUACAUAAUUUUGAAACAAAAGUAGAUAAUGAAGUUAAAUUUAAUGAUGAUUUUGAAAAUUUGAAAGAAAAAUCGUUAGAAUUACUAAAAGAUGACAUUACAGAAUUAACUGUGAAUGUUGAAAAAACUAAAAAGACUGCUGAGCCAAGUUUAAGUACAGAGUCAUCCAUAAUUAGCUUGAAAGAAAAGACAGAUAAUGAGGAAUUAAAAUAUUCAUCACAUUCAUCAAACUUUUUAUCAGAUUUUGAAAUAAGCACUUCGUCUAAAGUUCCUAUUUCGUCAAAAUCUGACAUAAUUGAUGGUGCUAUAAAACAUCCUAAUACUUCUGAAACAGAAUUGGAUGUUGGUAAUGAAAAAAGAUCCUAUUAUCCAUGUUCAUAUGUUAUUGGUCAUUUGCCAAUUUCUCCUGUCACCGUUGAACAAAAGCUUAGUAAAUUAAUUGAUUCAGAUUAUAAGUCUGAUCGAGAGUUGAAGUUAAAUAAAUUUGAUCAUAUUUCAGACUUGGAUAAAGCAGAUAUAACUCCAGAGGUAAUUAGAUCUGAUCAAACAUUAAAACUAGAUAAAUCUGAUUCAACGUUACACUUAAAUAAACCCGAAAGAAUAUUAGAAUUAAAGAAAUUUGAUAAUAAACCAGAGGUAAUUAAAUUUGAUAGAAUACCAGAAUUCAAAAAAGCUGAUACAUUACCAGAAUUACUAAGACCUAAUCGAACAUUAGAAUUUUAUAAAUCUGAUUCAGUAUCUGAAUUAAGUAGAUCUGAUACAACUCCAGAGUUUAAAACAACUCGACUAUCAGAAUUUGACAUGGCUUCUGAUCGAAUAAUACAUUUAAAUAAAGAGAAAGAAGAUUUUUCAAGAAGAGAAAAAAUUGUAUCUGAAGAUUUAAAAGAUAGAAAUCAUACAUUUACAUUAGAUUCGUAUUCUCAAGAUUUGAAUGUAUUUCAGGAUAAAAAGAGGAGCCCCAAAACACCGGAGAGUAAUGUAUCAUUCAGUUCUGGAGAGACAAUGGGACCAGAUUCAAAAGUCUCCAGUAUGGCUACGAGUCCUCGAACGCCAAUGAGGCCGGAUUCAUGUAAAUUUGACGCUGAUAAGUCUGAACACUCUUCCACAUGUUCAACUUCAAAAACAUUAACACUUGCUUCAAAUGAUUCAGAAAUUCGACAGCUAAGAUUGCAAGGAGACUCACAAUCUGAAAUAACGAGACCAUCUUUUGAUAAAUCUACUCCAUCCACUUCUAUAAGCACUGAUUCGUUGAAAAAUAAAUCUGAUCCAAGUCCAUCAAAGUUAAUAGUCAGUAGCUCUAGCGAUUCUUACAACAGUCCUAAUAAAACUAAAUAUUCUGAAAGGUCAUUUAGUUCUGGACUUCAAUCACCAAUAAGUGCCAACUCUAUCAAGUACACGAGUAAUUAUGGAGGGAUUGAUGAUAUACCUGAAUCACCAGGUAAUACUUCAGUUAUUUCUCCUUUCUAUCCAAUUUCUAAUCCGAAUAGCAAAAAAUCUUCUUCUCCAAACCGAGGAAGUAAUUCAAGUUAUAAAAUCAGCGUUGAUAAUGAGAAUAAAUUUGAUGUCAAAUAUUCGAAUAUUACUUCUGAAAAUUCUAUAAAACCAAGUUUAUAUUUAAAAGACAUUAACAGUUCAUCAUUUUCACAAACUUCUGAUAUAAAAAUAUCCAAGAGUGACGAUGAUUACGACUCGGGAAGACCAUUUGAAGCAGAGUUAGCUGCCACAUUGAGCAAAAAAACACAGCAAGGUAAAAAAGAAACAGAUUAUGAAAAAGAAAAAAAAAGUAGAAAGUAUUUUAGCGAAAAUAUACAGGAAGAAUUUGUUGUUGGAGAUGAUAAAAAUAAAUCUUUCUCAAUGGAUGGAAAAAGAGAAGGAUUUGACAUCCAUUUAAAACAUUUGAAAUUGUCGGAUUUUCAUAACGACGGUAAAACUAAUAAUUUUUUAUUGCACACUGAAUCGAAGCCUGUUGAAAGAAGCUGUAGUAGUUUGGAUAAAAGAUUUGGUGAAAUGAAAUUAUCAGCUUCUGCUGAAGAUUUCUUUUCUAACAAAAAACGAAGUAGUGAUAUUUUAGCAGAUUUAAGGCAUUUAGAAGCUUCUUCAUCAGAAACUCUAUCAACAACAGAUGCUAAUAUCACAAGAGCAACUGGAUAUGAUUGGGAAGAUUUGAAAAAUUUAGAAGCAAGACGUCAGGAUACAUUUAGUGAUUCUGCUAGUCAAUUUUCCAAGUAUAGAAUAGAUAUUCCAAGUAUCAGUAUCACUGAUGGACGAAAAGGAUAUGUUGUAGAACCCAAGAUUCAAAUCGAUGAGAAUAGUGAUAGUAUUUUAAAAAAUUACACUCAAAAAAAAGCAAAUGGAGAACCAGAUGAUGAUAAGGAAGCAAAAUUAGGUGUUUGGACUAAAGUAAAGCCACGUAAGAGAGGCGAAAAUGGACGUAGAAGUAGUAAUGAUAGAGCAUUAAAAAUAAUUCAAGAAAAUUCAGCUAUUCUGCAUAAAAUACUUACAUGUCAAGCAAAAAAAUGUCUUCCAGAUUUAGAGGAAAUAUCAAAAGAAAUAACCAUAAGUCCAAUUAAUGAAGAGAUAUCAAAAAUUUUCAGUCCUAUCUUAGAGAAGAUGGGAUUUAAUGAGCAUGAAAUAAAUGAAGAAUUAGCUAGAAUUAAUUUUAAGGAUUUCGACCAAAUGACAACAACUGGUUCAGAGUUUGAUGCUAAAAUAAACGAUGAACUUUUAAAACUUUCUAUUAUAGAUGAUAAUGAUUUGCCAAUAAAUCCCGUAGAUACCGAUGAGAUAAUUGUUGAUGAUUAUUUAGAUACCAGAGAAGCUUUAAUUGAUAAACAAAUAAAUGAUGAACUAUCUAGAUUAUUAGUGAAUUUUGACAGACGAUCGCCAGCAUGUCCGAGCUAUUGUGAAAAAUCUUUGAGUCAGAAUCAAAGUGAUUUAGAAGCUCCAGAUAUUUCUAGUAUCUCAACAAAUGUAUUUUCUUACAACUCGUCUAACGAUUCAAUUGAUACAAGAAGUGAUCUUGGUUCUAUUCAAGACUCUGUUAUUCAAUCAGAAAAGUUUCCACAGUACAGUGAAAGUACACACGACUUUCGAGUAAAUUCGACAAAAUACGAACUGCAAAACUUGUCUCCGAAAAGUGAUAUAGACAUUUAUCGUGAAUUGGAAAAAUUGGAUAAGAUAUCGUCUGCGCGUGUUUUUCCAGUGACUACGCCGUCCACUAUAACACAAAAGUUGAUUUCACCAAAUGCUUAUACGACUGAGUCUUUAUCCUUUUCAGAAGUACUAUCCUCACUAGAAUAUCCUACUAAGCCGGAAAAACCAUUUGAGACCUCGCCUUUAGAAUGUCCUCAUAGCUCCACCUCCUCAUCCUCCUAUAAGCCAUACGAUUUUCAAGCUUUAAGAAUUUUAUCUCAUAAAUCUUCCAACAAUCCAUUUGCCGUUCACUCAUACAAAAAGUCACUUGGUUCAGACUUUGAAUUUGAUGAUGAUGUUGCCAAUAGUUCAAGAACUUAUGACAUUGAUUUAAAGAGACAGAUUUUAUCAAAGGAAAUACUUGAAUUUCGCGUUAGAUAUGAUGAUGAGCCAUUACCCAGUCAGCGAAUCCAUGAAAAUAAUUUCCCUCUUGAAUCUUAUCAACCAGGACUACUUGAAUUAGAUCGAGGAGUUUCGUAUUAUUCUGAAAAAUCUCCUGUACUCAAGAGUUUGACAUCACCUUCUGAAUUCUCUUAUGAUAAAUCUAAUACUUUUAGCCAAAAGAAUGUUCUCGCAACAGAUUUUGUUUAUCCUAAAACCCCAGAGAAUAACUACGAGCGGCAGAGUUAUCAAAUAUCUGAAAGUGAAAGUGAAGUUGGAUCUUACGUACCUUUACGACGACGAAAUUCACAAGCACACUCACCAAACUAUCAGUUCACUAGCCGAGACUUUGGCUCUAUCAACACCUAUACUACUAAACUAUCGCCAAGUUUACAAGCUGCAGGACCAGCAGAAUCAGUUUCUCAUCCAGAAUUCACAGAGAAGCAUGGAUCGUUGAAAUAUACAGAAGUUCCAGUCAGAGACUCUAUCACCUAUCGCAAAACCUCUAUGACUUUGGAACCUUUAGAGAAUUCUAAUAGAGUUGGUAGAGCAAAAUUUAAUGACACACCAAGUCCGAAGACUCAGUUUAAUCCUUUUCCUAUCAGAAAUACGACGAGAAGGCCGAAAGAAUUGGGACUAAAGUUAGGUCUUUAUUCACCUACUAGUUUUGAUUCUGAUCAGUCCAAGAGAUCGUAGUUUUAAUUGUCAUUAAUAAAGUCAUUGUAUUCAUAAGAUUUUCACCACAAAGCUGAUAAAAACUUUCAAAUGGCCUAAUCUCUUAAAUUCUUCUAAUAAAGUUUAUAUGCAAUGUGAAUAAAUAUUAUAUUUCAAGUGAGUAAAAUACUAUUCAGUAAUUUGAAAAAUGAUCUGAUUUUUCUCUGUUAAACAGUAAUUCUGGUAAUUGAAGGCUUGCUAGAUAACAAGUCGUUAUGCCACUAAAAGUGUGGUAAUAAAUCAGAGUGUUUUAUCAUAUUUGAAUAUAAAUAACACGACUAGAGAUACAACAAUAAUAAUUAAACAACGCUCAAGUUAUAAUUUUCCAAACUAUCUUUUUCAAUUUCGUUCAAUGUUACACAAUGGCUUGUAAUUUUUCUAUCGAACAGUCAAUGGAAAAUAACUGCAAUUUUUUCGGUAAAAUUUACAUUGAUUGUAGUACACUCGUUUUUAAUUAAGUAUUGGUGUAAUUAAAAUGAUUGUGGAGUAAUAAUUGGUACUUCUAUGUAAAAUAUCAUCUAAAUUAUUUGUUUUUUGCAAGUGGAUGAUAUCUGUUUUAAUUUUAUUUUUUAAUUAAACUAUGUAUUGUAAUUA